UUUCCGGUCCACUUCCUCCCUUGCAUUUUGAUGGCAACAAUUUAUUAAGCUUUCUCACCUCGGCGCACCUAUUCACCUGUGCUGUAUUCCCAGGCUAUUUUACUGUGAUAAACAGUAAACAAUGAAGAAAUUUUUUGAGGAUAUGAAGAAAGAUUUAAAAUUCAAGUCAGCUGGGCCAGGAAAGAAACUCACAGAAGACUCUAGCGCCAAGCCCCAAGUGGUGCAGAGCAGUGGCCCUGCCAAGCCAUGUUAUGCUGCUCCUACUGAAGGAGCUCAGAAGGCAGGGGCUGCAGCCUUGGCCAGGAUCGAGGGGCAGCCACGCCCACGGGUACAGACCUCACAGGAUGUCAUCCGGCUCCAGGUGAAAAGAGAGCUUGAGGCAGAAGCUGCAGCAGUAGCUGAGAAGGAAAAGACAACUGCUGUUGAGGGCUCCAAUGUUAAGGAUCUGGCAUUUCUCUCAGUAACAGGUGUGUAUUUCACUUGCCCGCUUACUGGAGCCACCUUAACUAAGAGUGAGAGAGAUGUGCACAUUAAAGCAGCCAUUUUCAUGCGGUUUGAAGAGGAUGCAGUGGAGGCUUCCAUUAUGAUGGUUCAUACCUUCAACAAGGACAGGCAGAAAGUCAAGGCUGCAGUGGACAUCAUAAGCAAGUACAUUGAAAACAUCUGUAAGAACCCGACAGAGGAGAAGUACAGGAAGAUCAAACUCAGCAACAAGGUGUUCCAGGAAAAGGUGAAGACUGUGGAGGGUAGUCGGGAGUUCUUGGAAGCUAUGGGCUUUCAGAGCAUCAUGCUGGAUGUGGAAGGACAAGAGGAGAGUGAGGAGUUCCUGGUGCUGAUGGAGCAUGAUCCAGAAUCCCUGGAGGUGAUGAAGGAGAGUAGGGACCGGCUGCAGAGUGGAGAGCCAGUCAGAGCCCAGCUGGACCGCCAGCCCCAGGCCUUCAGACCCUCCCCCAAUGCCAUGCGCUUCGAACUUCCCCCAGAGUUCUACAACCUCACUGCAGAAGAGCUCAAGAGGGAGCAGCAGCAAAAGAACGAGGUGGUGGACAAGAACACUAUGCUGCGUACCAAGGCCAUGCGGGAGAGAGAGGAGCAGAGGGAGAGGAGGAAGUACAAUUACACCCUGCUGAGAGUACGACUGCCUGAUGGAAACAUACUGCAGGGCACUUUCCUGGCCUGGGACAAGGUGUCUGUGCUCUUCCAGUUUGUGCGGGACUCCCUGGUAGAUGGCUGGCAGCCCUUUGAGCUGGUGGCGCCUGGAGGACACAAACUCCAGGAGGACCAAGAGGUGGCCCUGAAUGAAUGUAGCCUGGUCCCUGCGGUUCUGCUGACGUUUUCCUGGGAUGCCGCAGUUCAAGCGGACAUAGCAGCUGGCGGUGGAAAGAGCUCUGCACUCCUCAAGCCAGAGCUACUGGAGAAUAUUCAGACCCUUAGCUGAGCAGAAGCAGUGUUUGUCCCUGGGUCUCCUACCCCCUCCCAGGUUGGAGAUGACACCUUUAUCCCCAAACCACAUUUAAGGCUGUAGAAAUAACUACUAAUCCAUUAAAGGACGGGGGGGAGAAGAGAGAAA